CAGGACUCAAGACCCACAUUGCUGCGGCUGGUGAGCAUCAUCUGUACCUAGCCAGGCACAUCGUGAUACCAGGAGUGGGGUUCGAACCCACGAGGACUGCUGUCCAUUGGAACUUAAGUCCAACGCCUUAACCACUCGGCCAUCCUGGUUGUGCUGUUAAACUAUCUAUUCAAAAUGCUCCGGCUCCUGAGUACCGUGAUUCCACGCAGACGCUUCAAACUGCAGUCCUCCACACGCUCUUCAUGCUCUUCAGUAGCAAAGAUGAUGCGCGCGGUGCGUGUCGAUGAACCAGGAGGUCCGGAGAACAUGCUGCUGAAGCUGGUGCCCACGCCUCAACCCAAGGAUGGUGAGGUUUUAGUCAAAGUUCAUGCUGCUGCUCUCAACCGGGCGGAUCUACUGCAGAGGCGAGGUUUGUACCCGCCCCCUCCAGGUGAGAGUGACAUCAUCGGCCUGGAGGUGGCGGGCACGGUGGAGGCAGUGGGGCGGCAGGUGAAGGAGGGCUGGAGGAGAGAUGAGAGGGUGAUGGCGCUGCUCAGCGGAGGAGGAUACGCCGAGUAUGUCGCCGUACCGGAGACGCUUCUGAUGCCGAGUCCGGCUCGUCUGUCGCUGCAGCAGUGGGCUGCCAUCCCAGAAGCCUGGCUGACAGCUUUCCAGCUGCUGGAGAGCGUAGCUCUGGUGAAAGAGGAAGAGGUCGUGCUCAUCCAUGCCGGUGGCAGUGGCGUGGGGACGGCUGCGGUUCAACUGGUGCGUCUGUUGGGGGCCGUGCCCGUCGUUACCGCGGGAAGCCCUGCGAAGCUGAGGAUGGCAGAGGAGCUGGGUGCUGCCGCUGGCUUUAACUACCGAGAGGAGGACUGGUCGGCAGGAGUUCGGGACUUGACUGAAGGAAGGGGAGCUGACGUCAUUCUUGACUGCAUCGGUGGACGCACCUGGGAGCACAAUGUGAACUGUCUAGCUCUGGAUGGUCGCUGGGUGCUUUAUGGAACGUUGGGAGGGCGACAGGUGCAGGGGGAUCUGCUGGGCAAGCUGCUCUGGAAGAGGGGUCGUCUGCUCAGCAGCCUCCUCCGCUCCCGAAGCCUGCAGUACAAGUCAGACUUGGUGAAGAGGUUCUCCAGCAGAGUGCUGCCGUACUUCUCCAGCCAGCCUCCGUCUCUGAGGCCCGUGGUCGACCGAACGUUCCCGCUGGAGGAGGUCGCCGAAGCUCACAGGCACAUGGAAGACAACAAGAACAUGGGGAAGAUCAUCCUUCAUGUGUGUCAACAUGGAAGCUAAUAAAUUGUUCCACACUGUUCUCAAAGUGAUGUCACACACCGG